AUGUUUGGUUUUCAAGAUAACAUCAGAGACUCACGAGAUCCUCUGUUUCUUCUCUGUUUUGUUUCCAUGGCUACUGCUUGGGUCACUUGCUCACUCCUCUUAUCCCCACUAAACAAAUCAUCCACAGUCACACGAUUGAAACUCCUGAAUCCAAACACGCCUCUGCGCUCAUCUUAUGGAACAAGAAGCGUCCCUAUCAAGUCCAUGGCGGUCCAAGAAGACGACAAAAGAACGAGCGAUGAGUCAAUGAGCAUUGACAAUUUACGCGGAUUCGUCGACCUUAACGUCGGAAAAUGGACUGGCUCCUUCCAUCAAUUUGAUGGAGAUGGGAACCUGUUGCAUAAGAUUGAUACUCGUCUCUCUGCUAGUUCUUAUGGAGAAGAUGAGCUCAUUAGCCUUAAUCAAUCGUUAUAUAUAAAGCAGGCAACAUCAGCCACUUCAGUUGCUGAUGAAGAGGAAGAGGAAGCUGAGUGGGUCGAAUACAAAAUCAAAGAGACCAAUAUGUUCACUGUCGACAAGUAUCAGCAGAUUGGAUUCUUCCCCAAAGAGAGAGCAUUUUCACUGAGGUAUCAGACCGCUGGAAUGUUGGAUACGACUUUAAGGCAAGGCGUUCUUGGAGAAGAUGACACUGGAGAAGAAUCACCAAGGUUUCUUAAGCUUCCGUCUCGGCGUCCUGCUUUAGUAUGUGAGAACUGUUUGUAUUCUAAUAAGACGGAAAGGAGAGCUAGAGCCUUUCACAUCAUGGAUCCCAAAGGUGUUCUUGAAAUGCUUAUUGUGUUCCUUGAGGAAAGAGGGCUUGAGAAUCUCGUUCAUCCAGUUCUCGAGGACUCUCAGUAUGAUGGAGAAAGAAUCACCCCAUUUCUUGGUACUUGGAAAGGUCGUUCAAUAACAAAACGAAGCGGUGUCUAUGGAUCAACACUAUCCGAAGCCGAUACUGUUGCUGUUCUUGACAUUAAUGACAAUGGUCAAGUAGUCCAGGAUAUUUCCUCGACGUCUGAUGUGAAAAACGUGACGACAAAUGUGACCUGGGUGGGUGAAAUGUCGAAGAACUUGGUUACAUUCGCGGAAGGAUACCAAAUGACACUGUUACCAGGUGGUAUGUACAUGGGAUGUCCCUGCGACGUAGCAAAGAGUGUUGCUGAGUUGAAGUCUUUCCAUCUAGAGUUCUGCUGGCUUGAAUCGUCAGUGUCAAGACAGAGACUCGUACGUACAUAUGACCAUGAAGGUUUGGCUGUCUCCUCAACUUAUUUUUCUGAGACCAAAGUGUGAGUUUCUUCUAUGUUACUAUGAUCAUUAAUGUUCUUGUACUGUCUGUAUAAACAUCAAAAGUGAUAGUAAUGUAUUUCAUUGACUCAUUGUCAUAUCUUUUCUCGCCCUUAGGCAAAUCGACUCUUAAAAGUUCA